CAGCAAUGAAUUCAGAACUAAAAACGUGUAAGAAACUAUAAAGAAGGUUUAACUACACUUGCAGGCAUCACAAAAACUCCACCCUGUAAUUUCCACCCAUUCCAAGAAUCUGUUAAGUGGAGUUUCAGUGUCAGAAGAAAAACCUGUAGCAGUAAUGUCUUUUUGCACCAAAACAAAUACUAGUAAACCCCCCUUUUCUCAAUCCUAAACAACACAAAAUCACAAACACCAAAUCAUCACUCAUACACCACAGUUUCCAAUUUCCAUCAAAGGGAAUCUCAAUCUCAAUCUCACCCUCUCCUAAAACAUUCUCCCUAUAAAAUCACCACAUCCAACUCCAACAACACAACACCAACAACCUCAAAAAACAUAAUUAAACAUUAACAUUCAACGCCUUUUCUCUCACAAAAUAAAGACCCUCUAAAUUCUAAACCUCAAAGACUGCUAAAACUUUGUUACAAUGAACAUGUUAGGCCUUAGAGACCUAUUUCUCAUAGCUCCAACUCCUUCUCAACUUCACCACCAUCAACAACACCAACACCAAAACCAACCCAUUUCAGCAGAACACCAUUCCAACCUCCCUUUGCCUUCACAAGCCUCUCUCAGCGUUGGCCUUGGCAUUUUCCCUCUCCUAACAGUGCCACACACUAAUGAUGUUCAUGCUCAGGUUCAAGACUGUGCCAACAACAACACUAACAACACCAACACCAACUAUUGGAACCUGAAGAUGUGUGGUCCCACUGAAGUGAAUUCCACAAGAAAAGGUGUCAUGAACAUGGAGGAUGAGGGGAGCAAUAAGCAAAUGAUGGAGAGUGAGGAAAGUGGUGGUGAGUUCAGGGUGUGCCAAGAUUGUGGCAAUAGGGCCAAGAGGGAUUGCAGCUUCAGAAGGUGCAGGACUUGUUGCAAGGGACGUGGCUUUGAUUGCAGCACUCACGUUAAGAGCACGUGGGUCCCCGUGUCUCAUAGACGCGGUGGCAGUAAUAGUGGUGAUGAUCACAAUGACGAUGACGAUGGUAAUGCUUCCAAGAGGCUAAGAACUUUGGGGUCAUCAAAGAAUGUUGCUGCUACCUCUCACAGUUCCACUUCCAAUGCUACCCCAACAAAGAGCUUUGAUAGUCAACAAGAUGCUGGUUUCAAGCAGUCUUUGCCACGGCAUGUGCGUGCACCCGCUGUGUUUAGGUGCCAUAGAGUGUCUGCUAUUGGGAGUGGUGAAGAUGAGAUUGCUUACAUGGCCACGGUUCAUAUUAGUGGCCAUGUGUUUAAGGGGUUUCUGUAUGAUCAUGGUGCUGAUACCAGAAAUGAUGUGCCUAGUGUCUCAGAACUGCAAUUGGGAAACAAUGGAAGUGGAAAGAAUACCAAUAGGGAAUGUUCUUCUGCAAUUGGGGUUCCAACUAGUGCUUACCCUGCUUCUGUUUGUUGAGAUUGCUUAAAGGUGAUGGAUCGGUUAUGUGACAUACCGAAGAGUCCAAGGUGUAGAGGAAAGACCAAUGGGAUGGUGGUGGAUGGAUAGAGGAUUCUGGCAAGUGAUGGCGGCUCCAACAGGUACAGAACCUGCAAUCACCUACAUAGACCCUCUGAUGCCAAAGUCAGAGCAAGAGAUGUGUAAAGUGAUAUUAGAUUGAUACCUGUAUGCAUGAAAUAUUUUAUAUAGUAGUAGUUGGCAAAUGAAGCAACAAUGUAAUUGUUCUGGACCUUGGGCCGUGUGGCAAGCUCGAAAGGAAUUCAUAAAAGUUGUCCCCAAAUCAAUAUUCCUUAAAAUAAGUAAUGUUGACUUAAAAGAUAAAGCCUCCAUUG